AGCUAGGAUACCAUGUAUGUGUAUAUGUUACUGAAAUCAAUGUAAUGUACGAAGUACUAUUCAUUUCUAAUUUGAUCCACCCAUAUUGUUCUGAAAACGAUGUCACUUUUACAGAGAACGGCUAUAUUGCGAUGUAUUUUGCUUCUUCUUAGCCUUCAACUGAUAUGUGUCACAUACCUAACAACACAGACCGGCUAUAUCCAAGGUGUUUUGAAUACGGCAAGGUUCAGCAGUAGUUCACGAUUCUUUUAUCCAAAUCACCAAUCUAUGGUAAAAUUAAAGAACGAUUAUUACCAGAGUCACUACAAAUCCUGUCAACAUUCUGUGGUCAUCGAAAACAACAUUAGUUGUAUAAAAAUAAUUAGCAAUUUGACCAGUGCAUCACCUAUGGCCACCAAUAAAAAACGAUUGUGUAACUUAACCAAAAUUUCUGAAAAUUGUCAGUUGUUUCGUCAAAUUAACGGGUACGAAGAUAAAGUUGUUACUAAACUGGAAGAAGAUUUUCCGCUAGCUUUUGGUAUUCGUCUGCAUAAAUCUCCAGUACAAAUGGAGCAGAUUUUAAGAAUUAUUUAUCGUCCACAUAAUUUUUAUUGUAUCCAUGUCGAUAACGGCAGUGAUAUCCGCGUAUUUAAUUCUUUAAAAUCAGUCGCCCGAUGUUUUGACAAUGUGAUCGUUUUGUCUCAAAUACGAACAGUAUACUCAUCUAUAAGACUUGUAGAAGCUGAUUUAUUGUGUAUGAAAGAAGCGAUGAAAUCAACAAUUCAAUGGAAAUAUUUUCUUAACAUGGCAGGUCAAGAAUUACCACUUAAAACUAAUCUGGAAAUAGUUCAAAUUUGCCAGUUAUUUCAGGGGAGGAAUGAUAUAGAAUCGGAGGCCAUGCCAAGUCAGUUGGAAGAAAGGAUUCGGUUUCACCAUGUGUUUAAAAAUCGUAGACCUUAUCACACAACAGUAACAAAACCACCGUUUCAAUACCCCAUUGAGUUCCGAAAGGGUAGUGCUUAUGGUGUGCUCUGUCGAGAUUUUGUUCAGUUUGCGUUAUACAGCGAAAUCGCUACUAAACUAGUGGAAUAUCUCUCUGACACAGAGGCUCCAGAAGAAACUUUCCUCAGUACCUUAAAUUUUAUGCAUGAAGCUCCAGGGGGGACUAAUGUAACUAUUUCUCAUUAUAAGAAAACAUAUCUCUCCCGAGCUGUGAUUUGGAUGUGGGAUAAAAUAAAAUGUCAGGGGACUUUUCAACGCGGUGUAUGUAUAUUCCAUAGCGGUGCUCUUCCUUGGCUUACGAAACAACCACAGGUGAUAGGGAAUAAAGUUAGCACGGCUUAUGACCAAAUCGUUAUUGACUGCAUGGAAGAAUUUCUACACAAUAAAUCUGUACAGAUUGAUUUUUCUGUAUUGAACACUACAAAGUACAAAAAUUAUCCACAUAUUCCAAACGAAAAUAUAAACUAGUUGUGUGCACGUUUCUACAUUCUUUCGUUGUAGAAACCCAGCCCAAUCGACAUCUUCUAAUUUCCUAAAAAUAUUUAUUUGCCAUUGAUACAUUACCCCGUGCAUUUGGGGGAAGGGGGGGGGGUAUUUCCACCAUACCCACCCCGUUCCGGCGCUCCUGUACAUUAAUAAAUAAUAUUUCAACAUACACUAAGACGUAUGACUUAUUUUAAAAGAGUAACAGUCACUUCUGGUUAUAUUUUGUAUAUAGACAAUAAAUACUUACCUAAUAUUUAAGUUAUUAUGUCGCCAACGUAAUACUAAACCUGCUCACGCUAAAACGGUUAUCAAACCUAUAUACUGUCAAGUUGUAUUAAAUCGAGGCUGGUCCAAUGUAAUGAUUUUUAAUAAAGAACCAGACGGACAAUAAAAAAUUGCUAGAAGAAUGGAUUUCCCUUUAAUGAAAUAGACCAGUAUCGAUUUCUCAUUAAUCCACGGUUGCGGGCGAAAAUAUUUAACUCUGUGCAUAACGACGUUACAGAACUUGUCAAAGACCUAUUAUUCACACCCACGAAUAAUAAUAAGUUAUAGAACUCGAUCAUGAUCAAAAAUGGUAAUUAAAAACUAUAUUCUCUCUCUUGGAAUUCCACGUAAACGUAACAGUCUCAAUACACUAUGUGCAAUAUUCGAAUAACCCUAAAACUUAUACCUAUAUCUCUAUUCGUAAUUCAACAUGAUUACCGGACUAUAACAUGAAUUAUAUCUUCGUAAUUGCGUGCUAAAUAAAUAAUGUAGGAAUUUACCAAAUAUGAUGUUAGAUCUGGAUUUACAAAUAUGGAUAAAUAUGUUUGUUCUUUAUAGGAGAUUAGUAUACCUUGUUAUGUCUCUCUUAAUCUCCAUAUAUGGCAUGAUACAGUGGUCGAUAUCUAAUUUACUUCAAGCAAACCUUAAACUAGUAAGGAAAAUAAACAUUCUAUCGAAUUAUUGAAGUAUUUAGUGAUUUCAUCUUGGGUCUUGUAAGCGGCUUCGUUUAGAGGCACACAAAAACGAAGUCUCCUGUACACGUUGGCAUACAGUUUAAAAUCGAUUAAAAGUAGGCAGAAAAAUCACUGUUCAGGAAAAAUUUUCUCAGAGAAAUAUGACCAGGCAUAAUGACCAGUCAGUGUUAGAUAGUAUUUAAUUUCUCAUGGUUAAUAUCAAUCAGAGUAGAAGCUAAUUAGUUAAGUAUUUAAUCCAUUAUUGUUUAUUUAUGUUAAUGUCUCUAGUGAUAAUCCUGUACAGUAUAUGUUUUGAUGUCAACACUUAAGCUUAUCAAUUUGUAGUUAGAAUAUAAAAAGGCUGAUGUACAUUAAUAGGUAAGUCAUUAUUAGGUCACCCGACUUAGUAGCAACUACGCCGGUCAUCCACUGUGCUGUAGGUGUACAUUGUAUGUAUUGAAUUAUUGUCAUUUGUAAGAUAUAAGUUCCUGUAAUUAAAAGGUUGAAGAACCA